CUUAGUGCUGCGUUUACAAGUAUUUCUCCAGGAGUGCUCCCACUUGUAUCGUCCAACCCCCCGGUAUUAGCCCCAUUUUGAUCAGAUUUAAAUCCAAAUGCUGGUGGGUUAGUACUUUAUGCCGAGACUCAAGACUCCAUGCUCCUCACACGAGCUGCUAAUGAAGUGAGCACUGCCUUUCCUGGCCAGCCUACCUUCACUCCUAUGUCUCUGUUCAUCGCUACUUGGCUUCAAGUCCCUCCCUUUGGUGAUCCUGAGGUAAAUACUUUCCAAGUCGUCAUGGCAUCAGAUGGUCAACGUUCAUUUGUCCUUUUCCUCUACGAUGACAUACAAGGGACAAACGGUGGUCGUGCACUGGCUGGAAUCAAUGGUGGUGAUGGUGUCCGCUCUGUGACUGUACCUGGCUCCUUGUCAGAAGCUAUUAUGAACAUCACGACCACUAGCAAUGUGGGGAGGCCUGGAGUGUGGAUGUACAGAGUGGACACUGAUGAACCAGUAUUUAGGCUUACACAUGAACAAGGCGUGGUUACAAUUUGUGAUGAGGUGAUUAUUGAACUGGUGUCUGGGACACUGGCUUUCCCUACUGAGAUCACCAUUGAAAUAGACAAUGUGCUCAACACACUGACCUUUCCCUCUGGGUCUGUCCCCAACACUACACUGAGUUUCAGGCCCACCCUCAUCAGCAACAACCGAAGACUUGUUGCAUUGGCAACAGUGACACCUGUGGGCUAUAUAAACUCUGCCAUCGUAGCCCUGUUCACUAAUGACAGUGAGCCUGUGCUCUACUGCACUUCAUUUGUACGAGGUUCCUCAUCAACCGAUGGAUUUGUACAAGUUAAUUUACAGAAUGGUCCCUUCAGGUUUCUGGAACAAAAUUACACUUCUAUCUUUGUCAACAGCAAUGGAGAUGUGUCUCUUAGUGCUGCGUUUACAAGUUUUUCUCCAAGAGUGCUCCCACUUGCAUCGUUCAACCCCCCGAUAUUAGCCCCCUUCUGGUCAGAUUCAGAUGCAGGUGAUGGUGGGUUAGUACUUUAUGCAGAGACUCAAGACUCCAUGCUCCUCACACAAGCUGCCAAUGAAGUGAUGACUGCCUUUCCUAACCAGCCUACUUUUACUCCUAUGUCUCUGUUCAUUGCUACUUGGCUUCAAGUCCCUCCCUUUAAUGGCCCUGGGGUAAAUACUUUCCAAGUCGUCAUGGCAUCAGAUGGUCAGCGUUCAUUUGUUAUUUUCGUCUACGAUGACAUACAAUGGAUAAACGGUGGUAGUGCACUGGCUGGAAUCAACGGUGGUGAUGGUGUCCGCUCUGUGACUGUACCUGGCUCCUUAUCACUAAGUAUCAUGAACAUAAUGACCACUAGCAAUGUGGGGAGGCCUGGAGUGUGGAUGUACAGAGUGGACACUCCCGACAUUAUUAAUCCCAGUGAGCCCUAACAACCAACAAUGUUCAAGCUUACACCAUUGACUGCUGUAUAGUAUAUCGAAUUUAUAAGUAGAAAUAUUAUCGUAGUGACAGUAUACAUAAUUAUUGCAUAAAUCAACAUCGUAAUUAUAAAUAAAUAUGCACAAUUGUAUAUCAGAGACA